UAACCCGCAGUCACAUACAAGAAGGGGGAGCUCCUCCGACUCAGACGUACUCAGUCGACUUGUUCUUUCACAGAAACUCGGACCUGCAGAUUAUUUUCUAGAAAUAGACUCCUGAUAUGAGCUUAAUCUUUAAACUGCUCUCGCUCAAACGUCAAGUUUAGUAGAUCCGUUUGGUCUUUCGUACCAGUUGCAGAAGUCGUGACAGACAGUUGUAUAAUAACUGUUUUUCCUAUUCCUCGAACAGAGAUGCCUGAGGACAUGGCGACAGCCAAGCCUGGAGGAGUCAUUGCCUAUAUUUCCUCUGGCUCUGCCUCCAGCCCAGAGUCUUGUAUGAGCACCAGCCCCAGCAGAGGCUACCUGUCGACAUCACAGGCGGUGACCCGCCCUUCGCUGCCCAGCAGGGCCGUGGGCAUGGUGGUGGAUAUCUCUCCGCCAGCCAAGAAUGGCAACCAGCGUAGCCAUGGCACGGAGAAGGCUGGGCGCUCCUCCACAUCAGCCAAGAGCAACAUUACCAAAAUUAAUGGCAUGGUGCUGUUGUGCAAGGUGUGUGGUGAUGUGGCAUCGGGCUUCCACUAUGGCGUCCAUGCCUGCGAGGGCUGCAAGGGCUUCUUCAGGAGAAGCAUCCAGCAGAACAUCCAGUACAAGAAGUGUCUUAAGAUGGAGAACUGCACCAUCAUGAGGAUCAACAGGAACCGCUGCCAGCAGUGCCGCUUCAAGAAGUGUCUGUCUGUCGGCAUGUCCAGAGAUGCUGUCCGAUUUGGUCGCAUCCCAAAGAGGGAAAAGCAAAGGAUGCUGCUGGAGAUGCAGAACGCCAUGAACAACAUGAUGAGCAACAACAGCCAGCUGCACAGUAUGCUGCACGGCCACCAGAGCCCAUCCCCGCCCAUGGAGGCCAUGACCAGCGACGCCGGCUCCUCACCCUCUUCUUCCUCCUCAUCUGCUUCCGAUUCCCUGUCGUGCUCCAACCCUUCCUCCCCGCGGUGCCCCCAGGACUCGGAGUCUGUGGCUUCCAUGGACACCAACUCCAGCUCCGCCUCCUCCUGCGCGUCAGACAGCGGCGAGGACGAGGCCGUCAUGGCGUUGAGCAGGCAGCAGCAAGAUGCCUUUGCGUACAGCCAGCAGAGGUCACAGAGACAGGGCCAGACAUCACCCUCGUCGAGCACAGUCGCCCUGGAGACAAGCUGUGGCAGCCGCAUGGAGGAGCAGCAGGAGAGCUGGAGCUGCUGGAACAACAAUGUGGUUGUGGGACACAGUCCUUACAGUAACGUCCAACACGUCACUAACACUGCUUACAUGGAGGAGAGAGUUCAGCAGCAGCAGCCUCAGCAGCAGCAGCAGCAGCUCAUCAGCACCCCUAAGUGUGAACCAUCAGAAGACUGCCAAAGACAGUACGGGUUUAACACACAAACUGCCUCAAGUGGUUAUAAUGGACCAACCAGCUGCGUGAAUACUAGAACUCACUUGAUCUGUCCGAUGAGUACAUCACCCUACGUGGACCCCAACAAGCCGAGCCAGGAGAUCUGGGAGGAGUUCUCCAUGGGCUUCACCCCCGCCGUACGGGAGGUGGUCGACUUCGCCAAAAGUAUCCCGGGCUUCCGAGACCUCCCCGAGCACGACCAAGUCGGCCUGUUGAAAGCUGGAACCUUUGAGGUGCUGAUGGUCCGAUUCGCCUCUUUGUUCAACGUUGUCGAGCGGACGGUGACCUUCCUGAGCGGCAAGCGUUACAGCCUCGACACACUACGGUUACUGGGCGCCGGCGAGCUGCUCCACUCCAUGUGCGAGUUCAGCGAGAAGCUGGCGGCGCUGGGGCUCGACUCGGACGAAAUGAGCCUCUUCACAGCCGUGGUACUCGUCUCAGCCGAUCGCUCUGGGAUCCAGGACCUGAACUCAGUCGAGGCCCUGCAGGACAAUCUGAUCCGGAGUCUGAGAAACCUGGUGAUGCAGAACCACGGCGAGGAUUCAGCCACCACCUUCACCAAGCUGCUGCUCAAGCUUCCCGAGCUGCGUUCACUCAACAACAUGCACUCUGAGGAACUGCUCUCCUUCAAAGUGCACCCUUGAAAGCUUCCUGGGAGGGUCACGCCCUGUGCCCUCCACCUCAUCCACACACCUCCACCAGGACCUGCCUCUUACUGCCCCCGCGCCCUCAUUGUUCGACCAACCCCAGUUGCGUGUUUGUUUUUAGAAUGUAUUAAAAGUUAUUUUUUAUUCUAUUUUUGUUAAGUGGACCACGUGGGGUCUGAAAAGAGAAGAAUAUUAAAAACGUAUUGUAUUUAUAGAACAGAUAGCUUACGCUUGUUGCACACAAACACAGGCAAGUGCAUGUGUGUCAGAGGUUCUUUAGUUUAGCAAAGUUGAAGCCGCUUUUCUAUUUUUCGAGAGAACGAAGAAUAAUUAACUGGCUUCAUGAAAUGAUACGAGUAGAAACCAAGUAGUCGAUCCAAAAGCCAUUUAAUUCCAAAGUGUGUUUUCUGAUGAGCGGGUGAAUGUGAGGGACAAUACAAGCCUUACAUACCGCAUGUUUGUUUGGUCCAAUAUUUUGACUGAUACAUGUCGGCAAGCUAUCAGAAAAUAUAUCGAAGAAUGUGCGACGACCGCUGCUAAUGCAUGGCUGUACUUAAUGCAAACUAUUAUUACUUGGAUCUUCUCCCCUUGCCUCAGAAAGCAUCAGUUCACAGUUUCAGUGUAUUUAGUGUUGUAUGUUUUCUUAUUUUUAACUUGUUUUCGUCAACUGCCUGUACACUGCCUGGUGAUUUCUGGGGGAGUUGAUGACGCCAUUUUCAGCAACACUACAUUUGCCCAUGUUCUGGAGCAGAAAAACCAAGUAAUGUGUAAAGGCUACAUGUAAACGUAGUCGCACAAGUGUUUUUGCUGUUUUCCAACUCUCCAGGGUUUCUUUUGUUUGUGUUUUUAAUCAAACUUUGUGUGCUUUCAGCAUAGCACUGAAUUUGAUGCGUUUGUCAUCUAUUUUGUUGAAAUAUCUGCUUCUUCGACUGGCAACACUGCCAUAUGUAAAUAACUAUAUAAAUAUAUAUAUAUAUAUAUAAAUAUCUGAUGGACAUAGAAUAUAAAUAUGAUAUAGUAUGAAUAAAGACAAGUGAAGAAUAA